GUGAUAAGUAAAAUAUAGUGAGAUAGGCCUAUUACAUUCUAAAAACGACGAUGUGGGCGGUUCCACUUAGGCUAUCUUCACGUUGGCUGCCGGGAUGUCCAGUUUCUGCAAUGUGCUGCCCAAUACAAAGGUUAAGAGCAGAGGUUAGCCGAGAAUAGCUCGGUGUCACCUAGCCUAUCCGAGACAUUGUCAUAGUGCGUGUGACCUAGAAACGCAUCUCACGCAAUCAGCUGGCCAGCCGCCAUUUUGCGCACAUUGCUGCCAACCUCGCUGCCGGCGCCUAGUUGGUAGCUCGUGCUGUACUUUUUGCUUGGUUAUGUACAUCACCUUGUUUACCGUUUGUUUACCGUUAUCUCCUCACACACGCGCACACACGCCCACCGGGUUAGUAUCGGAGGGCCGCGGGAUCCCACGACAGUGGAAUUAUGACCCUUACGAAAAGCCCGUGUGACUUGGACACGAUGAGCCUGUUCCAAGAUCUCAAGUUGAAGCGAAGAAAAGUUGAUUCUCGAUGUAGUAGUGACGGUGAAAGUGUGGCAGACACAAGUGCUUCUUCCCCAGACAUGGCCGGUCCAGGCUCGCCGUGUAAGCUAGAGACAGCUCGCUCCUCCCCCAGCCCCGGUACUCACAGAGACAGUGUUAUUUGCAGGGUGGCCUCACCCGACUCGGCGCUGCCAGAGGGUGACGAGAGGGUGGCAGUGGAAUCGCAGGAACAAAGUUGCGAAGAUACUGCCGAGAACAAGGCGAAGGUGAACGAAGAGUUGAACGUGCGGGUGUUUGACGGCGGUGGAAUGCUGGCCAGAAGAGAGUCUUCAGCGAUGUCUUCACCACCGAGCUUCUGGUUAUCAGGAGCUCGCGUCAACGGAGACGUCCCGGAGACGGGAGGAAACUAUUCUGAGACUAUGAAACCUCCGGCGGCGUCGCCUCAAAGAGCGCCGAGUGGAGGGUCUAGAAGCGUGAUCGUGGGGGAGUCGGUUAACAGUGACGAGAGAACAGAGACCGCGAGUGAGUGUGCGGGAGAAGACAAAGACGUCGUGAGACAGGAGGCGGCUAUAGUGUCGUCGUCACAGCCGACCUUCUGGGUGACCACGGGGACCACCUCGAUCUGUCGGAUAAACGGAGAAUUACAAGAGUUCCUCGGCGGGAAUUUCACGGACAGUUCGAAACCACCCGUGUCGUCACCUCAGAGGACGGGAGGGUCUCGGUCAUCUUCCACUGUUAUCGUGGGAGACUCUCUGACAGGAGACGAGGAACGACACUGUGAGGAGGAGAGUAAAGUAAAGGUGAAGGAGGAAGUGAAUGCAGCCGUGUUCGACGAGGGCAGACGGGACCCGGCCGCCGCCUUCUGGGUAACCGCGGGGACGCCACCAGUCGUCUCCGGGUGCCGGAUCAACGGAGUGAUGCCGGAACUGAUCGGCGGAGGAGUGAACUAUGGGGAAACGAUGAAGCCGCCCGUGUCAUCGCCCCAGAGUAGCGGCGCAGUGCGGCCGGCGCCGACGGUCAUCAUGGGCGAAGCGGGUGGUGUAAGGACGAUGAUCUGGUCGCAGCCGAGUGUCGAACCGACCCCGACCGUGGCCGGUACCUCCUCCUCCAACUCGUGUUGGUCCUCAUCCUCCGUGUCGUCGCCGUCCAGUGCGUCCAACAGCGAGGAGUCGGCUGCCCAGCUACUGCUCAACCUUGGCCAGGAGCGGGCUUUCCGAUCCCAGCAGUUUCCCGUGCCUCUUAACAUGGAACGGCUGUGGGCGGGGGAUCUGAGCCAGCUUCCCUCACAGGCUCUCAACCUGACUGCCGCCGGACCCGCUCCCUGGGCUGCGCCAUCCGCCUGGCUCAAAAAUGGCGAAUUGCCGGCCAAAAUGGGGCAGCAAGAGGAGGCCGAAGACGAGGAUCAGCCCAUGAUCUGCAUGAUCUGUGAAGACAAGGCGACGGGACUCCACUAUGGCAUCAUCACCUGUGAAGGAUGUAAAGGCUUUUUCAAACGGACAGUCCAGAACAGGCGAGUGUACACGUGUGUGGCGGACGGCGUCUGUGAGAUCACCAAGGCUCAGAGAAACCGUUGUCAGUACUGCAGAUUUAAAAAGUGUAUAGAGCAAGGGAUGGUAUUGCAAGCUGUGCGGGAAGACAGGAUGCCCGGUGGCAGGAAUUCUGGGGCUGUAUAUAAUUUGUACAAGGUGAAGUAUAAAAAGCACAAGAAGAAUGCUAGAAAUGGUCAAGUCAAACCUCCUCAGACAAAAUUACCAGUCAGUUCCGAGCAUGGCAUACCUCCCCACCUGGUCAACGGGACCAUCCUCAAGACUGCCCUAACCAACCCCAAAGAGGUUGUUCAUCUUCGGCAAAGGUUAGACAAUGCUGUCAGUUCAUCGAGGGACUUGACCUUGACUCUGGAUACCGCCCUCGCCAUGAUACAAAUACUAAUAGACUGUGAUGACUUCCAAGAUAUUGCGACUGUGCAGAACUUGGAAGACCUUCUAGAACACAAAACCGAUCUGUCAGACAGGCUUAUGCAGAUCGGAGACUCCAUUGUAUACAAGCUGGUGCAGUGGACCAAGAAGCUGCCAUUCUACCUGGAACUGCCUGUCGAAGUACAUACAAAGCUACUGACACACAAGUGGCAUGAGCUACUAGUGCUGACAACGUCGGCCUACCAAGCGAUUCACGGCCCCCACAAGCCCACCACACCCUCUGACUCCUCUUUUGUUGAUUUCACGCAAGAGGUAUCGAAGAACCUAUCAAUGCUCCAAACAUGCUUGACUUCGAUGAUGGGCCGCACAAUCACCCUGGAGCAGCUUCGACAGGAUGUUGGUCAUAUGGUAGAGAAGAUCACCCACGUCACACUAAUCUUCAGGAGGAUUAAGCUGAGAAUCGAGGAGUAUGUGCUUCUCAAGGUUAUCAUCAUGCUCAACCCAGCUACACGAGGAGGAGCUAAUGAGCUGGAGGCUAUUCAGGAGAGAUACAUGAACUGCCUUAAAACAUAUGUGGAGUACACGGCACCCAACCAGCCGAGCCGGUUCCAUGAGCUACUCUUGUGCCUACCUGAGGUCCAGACUGCUGCAUCACUUCUCCUCGAGAGCAAGAUGUUCUAUGUUCCGUUCCUGCUAAACUCUGCCAUACAGAGAUAGUAGUGACAGGCACUCAAACACCUCAUUACAGUUACCAUUUUUUUCCUAGUUAAGUUAAAUAAUUUCCUAAUCGUCGGCGAAGAAUCUGUAAAGAAGAUUUGUACGGAAUCGAUUAAGUUUGCUGGUGUUUUUAUAUUAAUUUGAGAAUUUUAUAAAGACUGUACAGACGGAAUUGAUUGUUACUUGCACAACUAAGCACGAAUAAGGCUUCAAAGACUGACUUUUUACAUAAAUUCUAAUUCCAUUAGAUCUUGAGUAUUGAAGAUCUUGCCUUGGGAGCAACAACGCACAGAUUGAGAUAUUACCUCUGUGUAAGCACCAGUUGACUGGAUAUCUUAAAACUUAGCUGCUGUUUUGUUUGUCUUGUUUGUAAUGAUUUAUGUGAUUUUUAUACAAGUCAAUUCCUAAAAUAUUUGUUACCAUAUUAAACACCAUUAGUCCAUCUAUUAUAUUAAUUCAUCAUUGUAUAGUUUCAUCAUGAAAUUUCCGCAUAACCGUGUUGCCAUGAUCAACCGUAGUCAAAACUGUGAGUUACCAAUGUAGAGCCCAGAGCCAGUGUUCCUUGUACACACUCAUGGCCACGGCCAUUUUGUCACCAGAUGCACACAAAUCAGGGUCAUUUCAAUAACUGCCUUUGUUGUUGUGUUUAUAGUUACCAUGUUUGUUGAAUUGUUGAAAUUAAAUUUCUUGUCUAAUACCAAGUAUUGCAAACCUUUAUUAUGGAAAGUCUAAAAGACUCAGUCAUCUGUGCUCUUAAAAUAAAGUUAAAACUUUAGUAUUGUUGUUAUCGUAUUUAGUUGUUAAAAUAUAAUAUGUUGAUUAUUAAAUUAUUAGGAUUUUAUUUUAAAAUGUAAAUUGUAUCAUACACUGAUUUUAUUGUUCAGCAAUUGCUCUUUUUUGUGGUUUCAUUAUAUACAUGAACAAGAUGUUUUACAUGAUUACUUAUUUUGUACCCUUAUUUUUCCAACUGUUUACCAAUUCUUAAACGAAUUAAUAUCUUUCUCAAGUCAAUAAACACAUUAAUCCGUUAUAGAGCUUUCAUGUGAUGAUCUUCAGUUACGUAAGUUUAUCUAAAACAGAUAUUUACAAAUUUCAAUUUUUUUUAAAUCAUUUAACUUUUAUAGUCUAAUAAGGGAAUUAUUUAUAUUUUAAUCUAUGAUAGUUAUGGAUUAAAAAAUUUUAAUAUAACAGUGUAUUUUUUAUUUGGAAUUGUUGCAAAAUAAAUUUGGAUAUUAACUUGAAAGUAUACUAUUUUAUUAGUGUAAUACAAAAUGACAACAUGCACUUCAUACAGAUAUCUGAGAGCACAGAUAACUUCAAUAUUCUUUGUUAAAGAUAAAUGAAAUCAGGCAAGCUGUGUGACGUUUGUCAGCAAUCUUGACAUUACGGGGGAGAAUGUACUCUGACACGUCAAAGGACUUGAAACAGCAAGUUAUUGAAUCCUUUGAUUUUGGCUGAUUUCUUGUACAUAGUUGAACCUCUAUAUAUUGUUUUUAUGUAUAUGUAUGUAUAUCUCUUUAUGUCAGUAUUGUAAAAUAACUUAAAACUUGUAAUUAUAAACUGUAGAAACUACAAUAUUUUAGCUUUUUGAUUGCUACUCAUACCAUGUGCACGGUGAUAAACUGUCACAAAUUUGACUGUAUCUUUUUUAUAAGAAUUUCAUGAUUUGGCAAUGGAGAGUUAACAAAUCCAGUUGUUUUAUAAAGCAAAUUAUGUAUUUAUUGAUAUUUUGUAAAUGACCAGGUACAGUGUUUUUAGUACUUACUUAUACACAUUCUUUACAUAUAAACAGAAUCCAUAAAUUAUGACAUUAUACAAAAGCAACCAGAGAGAUUCAGAAAAUAGAAGCUUCCAUUAGUAGCAUGCUCAUGGAACAUUUACUUUAACUUCUAUCAACUUUAAGUAUACAGCACAUUAUUCUAGAAGGAUGGAAACACAUUUUGUUAAAGAAAUUAAUUUUUUUAAUAAAUGUACUCUACAAACUUGUAUAUAUUAGUGUUUGGUUUGAUAGAAAAUGUAGUAUAUUAAACUACAGACCCUUUUUACCUUGAUACAUGAGAGCCGUUUUUUUUCAACCUCCGAUCUCACACCAUGAUGGCCAGACAAUCGCAGGUCAGCAGUUAGCGCAUUGCCAGUCAACAUCUUUGGCACCUAGUGAGCACAAAUCUUUUUUUGGCUAAAUGUUCUGUAACAAUCUGUUGUUAUCUAUCUCUUCGCUCUAGUUCCAGGAACAUAGCACACAUUUUGAAGCUAUGGUUUUCUCUAAGCACUUUGUAAAUUUUUUCAACAAGGCCAUCUGUAGCAACUGACUUGUGUGCUUGACCUCAUUCAUUGUGCACGUCAGUUCAGCUAUCUUUACAUUUCCUACAUCAUUCAUGUGAAACACUAUCUCUCAUAAUGUUUUCUCUGUAAACUCGGAACAUUCUCAAUGGAUUUCUUCUUCACUUUUCCCUUCUGGUUGCAGGGAACGAAUAACACUCCUUAAAUAACAUUAGGUGGGAGAACCAAUAGAGGAGGCUAUAUAGUAUAAAUAUUUAUGUGACUGCAGCUCAGCGCAAACUAGCUACAGCUCGGAAGUGACCAAUUUUGUAGUGGUGAAGAUGCACAAUUGACUACUGCGCUAACCGCUGACCUGCGACAUAUCUGGCCAUCAUGGCGUGAGAUCGGAGGUUGAAAAACAUUGGUACUCAUAGAUUUCUUUUAAACCAAGAGAAAAACAGGCAUUAUUUCUAAUGUUAAAAUGUUAUGCCACUUUGGUUAUAGAAUAAUAGAAUUAUGCCUUCUUUUAAAUAGAAGGAGGGCUGAGAAAAAUGUCAAAAUGUAAAACUGAAAAUUUUGUCUGUUUGAUAUUCCAACCUUUUAAAAUGGUUGAGAGCCGAUGGCCACACGUGUAAGACAUCAGACUUGAUCUGAGUUAGAGAUAGCGCAGAUUCAAAUCCUGUCUGUGACCAUAGCACUUUUUAUCAGUGUUUUUGGCAUUAAACUGUAUCAAAUCUUCUCCUUAUUGUGUUUGAUAAGACCCUAGUACAUGCCAUUCGCCCAUGAGGAUGGGCAGAAUAGGGCUUAAAAGGGUAUCGACCUUUCCUGUUUGCUUAAAACAUUUCAAACAAGAAAAGUACUAUAUGUUUAGUAGGUAUGCAUUUCUACUAUGUUAUAAAAAUGUAGUCUUUAUCAUUUUUCAUCUUCUCAACAUUGUCAAGAGUAAAAUUUAAACCAAAAUAUCAAUUUACUGCAAUGCUUUGUGUGUGAAUCAAAACUAAGCUCUCUUUCACAAAAUAUAUGUGAUGUUCGGAGUUUAAUAAAGUUAUCAGAUAAAACUGAAAAUACUCUCUAUAAAUUUAAUGGUAUAGAAAAGUAAAACCUACUAUAUAAUAAAGAUGAUUCAAUUAAUAACAUUAUAAUUAAAACCAAAAACAUUAGGCUUGUUGAUUUAUAAAAUGGAAUAGCAAACUUUGUGGUUUCCUAAAAAUAAUGAAUGAUAUUUCAUUGAACUCAAUAUUUGUAAAUAUAAAGAAAUGUUCACUACAUUAAAUUUAAAUAUUGGAGUUUAUUGGCUAAAUAUUAACUUAACUAACAUUCAAUAUUCAUUUGUUAGCCAAAAUACAUAACACUCCUAGUUGUGUUUUUAUUAGGAGUUAUAUUAAUGUAAUUAAAACUGUGUUGGAUAGCUUUAUCUUUCUCUUCUAUCCUUCUCCCUUGUGCAAACUAUAAAAAAGACAAACUUCCAAAAGCCUAAUUGAACUAAAUUUGAUUCUAAAAUAGUGUUUUUGAAAAAUGGAUUCAAAAUGUAUGUCUAGUUUCGAGUUCAUGUUAAAGGACAUUCUGACAUUUCAACAUUUUCUCUCAUAUCCAUAUAAAGGUUUAAAGGGUAAUAGGAUAUAUUUGAUAUUCAACAUUGGCCUGAAUUGGCAAAAAUAAAUCGAAUUACUUAAGCAAACACCUUUCUCUGUAUUAUAUUUAAAAUACAAGAUCAAAUCCAAACAUUAUUUUGGGAUUUGACUGUUUAUAUAUAGGUACAGUGAUUGGAAUGGUUGCUUGGCUAUUAACAUAUACCACUUAAGAAUUGCAUUAUUUAAUUUUGUAUCACUUUCCUACAUUACAUCUUGUUUAACCCUUUAGUGCCACUGAAAAAUCACUGGUUUGUACCAAGAGAACAGCAAAACCAUGCGGUUUAUAAAUAGAGUAUCAAGCUAUUUUCUGCAAAUUUUCACAAGUUUAGAGACAAAAAGGCAUAAAUGAAGUAUUUAUUUAUAGUAAUCAAUAAUCCUUUUUUAUUGUGAGAUUAUUAAGAUUGUCUUUACAAUUUAUCUUCAUAAAUUUUACCAAUAGUUAAAAUGUUACACAUAAAACAAAAAAUUACAUUUUUUUUUAAUUUUGUAUAAAUAUUUUUCCUUGCAGUUUAUUUACAGAAUAGCUUUUUUGAGGCUAUAAUUUACAGAAUUACAUCAAAAUGUAAUAAAUGACACAAAUUCCUAGUUGUGCAAUUUUAAUCUUUUCAAAUAAAAACAUAAAAAAUACGUACAUUUUUAUAUCACUGUUUCGUUUUUAUUAUCAUUGUGAAACAGAUAUAUUAUAAACAUUUUUUGUAACAUUUCUAAACUUGUAUAACAUACAAUCAUGUAAACCAAUUUGUUAGAAAAAACAAAAACAUAAGUUAAAAUGGUUUUAAUAGUGUUUAAUAUUUGCUAUUAUUUUUUCAAGAUGUUUAAACAAUCAGAUAUUGGCACUUUACCCAAAAGAUACCAUGUUCAAUUUUUUUGGCCAUUGCCACUGAAAGGGUUAAACCAAAUUUACAAUUAAAAUAGCAAAUCUGUAGUUUGGUAUUACGUUUGUCCUUGUGCCUGGUCAUAGUUAAUAGUUUUUUGUUAUAAUUGAAUGCUGUUUUGCUCAUAAAGUUAACAAAGUAGCCUAAACUAAAACUGUAUGAGGGCAAAUGUAGCUUAGUCUUAGCUCACCACAACAGUUUCACUGCCAGAAGAUCUCUAGUUAUAUUAAGUGCCUAACAACAACUGUAUCCUCUUGUUUUUAUCCAUGUUUCUUGCAGUAUUGCUUAGAAAUGAAAUAUAAUAUUUUUAUUACAAAUUGUUUGGCUUUUAAAAUAAAUUUUUAUUUUAACUAAUGUAGAAAAUUCCUAAUUUACUCAGGUAAUUCAUUUAUCCGGUUGUGAGAAACUUAAAAGGCUUUACAAUUUGCUGUUAGCGAUUGAAAUAUUUUUUUAACUGCUCCAAUAACACAGUACAUGGUUUAUAAAUGUUGUACAUACACGGACCUAGUGUUAUUCUUUACAUCUUGCGAUUUGAAUCAUUCUCAACUUUAGGUAUUUUGUGAAAAAAUACAUUUUGUACUUGAAAUAUAAUAUAUAUACAUGAAGAAGGAAGUGAUUAGAACAAGUUUAACUUCUGCAAGGCUUAACUAUUUUCAUAACUGAUAACAAAACAAUGUUAGUAAUUAUUUUUAUUUUCCAGUCCUACGAUAAGAUUACAUACCUCAGUACGUUUUUAUAUGGAUCAUCAAUAGUUUUCUUAUAAAAAUAAGUGUUUUUUUUUUUCAUAACAGCAUUAAAAAUGUGUGGUGCUAAAGAACUGAUUAAUGAACAAAAAGUCUUUUAUCAAAAGUCUGACUGACUCUAAACAUAGAGGAGUGCAACUCUGUGUCUUAAUGAUUGUAUUAUUGUCAAAAAUACAUUAAUUGUUUGAGAUUUUUUUAGACAUAUGAUGCCUUGUGUUGUUCACUUGAAAGUAUAGCAUUAUGAAUUAUUACGAUUUGUUGUUGUCUUUGUGUAAAUAUAUGUGUCAAAAUAGAA